AUGAUAGCUCACUGCCUUCGCUCACUUGUUCUCUCUCUCUCUCUCUCUCUCUCUCUCUCUCUCUCUCUCUCUCUCUCUCUCUCUCUCUCUCUCUCUCUCUCUCUCUCUCUCUCUCACGCGCGCUAUGGCAUGCUUGAUGCUGAGGGCGGCGGGUCCAAGUGGGGCCGUCGUCAGUGGCUCGUCGUGACUGUAGCAUCGAUUGUUGUGUUGGGUCUCGUCGUUGGUUUGGCUGUCGGUCUGAGCAGUCGGAGCCACAAGAGCAACGGCUAUGCCCAUGGUGCGGCAGCCGCCGAUGCCACCGAAUGCUCAAAUGUGGGCGUGGACAUUAUGAAGGCCGGUGGCAACGCUGUCGAUGCUGCCGUCGCCAUGACGUUUUGUGUGGGAGUGGUGCACCCCGAGAGCUCGGGCAUUGGCGGCGGAGGUUUUAUGAUGGUUCGCAACGCCACGGGGCAUGCAGAGGUCAUCGACUUUCGUGAGGUUGCCCCGGCCCUCGCCACCCAGGACAUGCUGGCCGUGUGUCGCACCAGCGACCCGGACUUGCGUCGCUGGUGUAAUUCACAGUUUGGUGGUGAUGCUGUUGGCGUCCCGGGCGAGGUGCGUGGGCUAGAACUGGCUUGGCAGCGACAUGGCCGACUGCCUUGGGCCCAGGUGCUGGCCCCUGCCAUCAAGAUGGCACGCGAAGGCGUUGUGGUUUCGGCACACAUGGCCAAUAGCAUCGAAUCCUCGUUUGUUGCCUGCACCUCUGGCUUCCCCUUUUGGCCACGAUUGUUCUUCUGCCCGUCUAAUUGCGGGAUCCUGGCUACCUUUGUGAUACAACAUUGCAGACAAGAGCUAAUCAUGGCGCAACAAGCUCUGCAUGCUCUGCUCGCCCCUGGUGGUGUCUUUGUGCAGCAAGGCGACACCCUCAAGAUGCCCAAGCUGGCCGACACACUGCAGCGCAUUGCUGAAGAAGGUAGCCAAGCCUUUUACUCGGGCACAAUUGCUGAGAACACGAUUCACGCCAUCAACGAGAACGUCGCUGGCGGCCGCAUGACACUGCAGGACCUGGCCGCCUACCAGCCCAUUGUGCGAAGUGUCCAGACCAUGACAUGGGGUGACUUUGAACUCCUUCUGGCGCCUGCGCCUGCCUCGGGCGUCGUACUGGGCAUGAUGUUCAACAUUUUGCGCAACUACGAAGCAUCUGCAGACAAGGUGGACACACUCACCUAUCAUCGACUUGUGGAAGCUUUCAAAUUUGCGUAUGCCAAGCGUACUGAGCUGGCAGAUGGUUGUUGUGCCGCAGAUCGCACGUCCGGGAUGGGUUGCUCCAACGAGACCUCCUGCACACUCAUUGAUAACUUGCAACAAACUAUGCUUGACUUGGGCAACGGGGUUGGCUGGCGUGAUAAGAUCUUUGAUAACCAAACCUUUCAUGAUCCCUCGUAUUACGGUGCACACUACGAUGUGGAGCCUACUCCCGGCACGACGCACCUCUCAGUCAUUGGCCCAGACGGCGAUGCUGUGGGUGUGACGUCGACGGUGAACCUGCUAUGGGGCAGCAAGGUGUUGACGGAAGAUGGUAUUUUGCUGAACAACGAGAUGGACGAUUUCUCGUCACCAAAUUUGACCAAUGCUUUUGGGGUGCGUCCCUCCCCAGCCAACUUUAUUCGACCGGGAAAGCGGCCACUCUCUAGUUCGGCGCCGACAAUUGUGUUGGACAAGGAGGGUCGCGUUCGUCUCGUGGCUGGCGCGGCGGGCGGCACUCGGAUCACCACGGCAACGGCGCAAGUUAUCCUGCUGGCAUUGGGCAUGGACAAAAGCAUUGAGGAGGCCAUCGCGAACCCGCGAGUGCAUCAUCAGCUUUUACCCGACUAUAUUCUGGGCGAGGCGGACUUUGAUUCCUCUAUUCGGCGCGGCCUCGAGGCACUCGGGCACAAGUGGCAAACGCCGGAGAGCAUGCCAAUCUCCGUGGCUCAGGCGGUUUUGCGACAACCCAACGGCCGGUUGCACGCAGCCUCUGAUCCUCGAAAAGGGGGCAAGGCAGCUGGAUACUAG